UCAGCUCUAUCGUAGUCUAACGACUGCUACACGAGUCAGUCAACAGUCGUGAUCUAUCAACACAACACGUUAACCGGUGAUUCUCCAGAAAAAGACAAAUAUAAAGUAUUUUAUCUCCGCGUCGACCCAAAAGGUAAUCCCAAAAUCUGAAACUUUAUUCAGUCAAUUCAGGCGGUGUCGUAAUAUUGAUUUCAUGGAUUAAUAUUUCGAUAAACAUCGGUUAUGGAAAACUUUGGAAAGGACCCAAGGGGCGUACCAGUGGACCAAAGAUGGUCAAAUCAGGCAUCAAACCAACCUCAUGAUGGGGCCGGAGGCGUUCCACCAAGACAGGGAACAGUGCCUGAAUUUCCAUCCGAGGCAUGGCAAAAUGUUUCCGGUGCUGCGUAUUGUCAGUACCCUCCACUACCUCCUAACAAUAGGUAUGAUUAUGUUGUGCAACCUGAUGUUGCACCUGAUUCAGCGUCGACAAGCCGGAGGGGUAGUGCUCAAGAACAGACAGAGGAAUUCACAAUUCAUGCAAGAACUCUGGAGAAGCUAGUAGCUGACUAUAUUGAACAUGACGACAGCACCUAUGUACCUGACCCAGCGUUACUACAUCCGGAGAUUCGAAAAAAAAAACCUGAAUUCACAAUUUGUGGAAAAGAUCUGGACCAGCUUAUGGAAGAGUACGUUUCAAGUCCAGACACAUCCGAGGAAUAUAAUCCAACGUCGACGCAUGCGGAGGGUAGUUUUCAAGAACAGAAAGAAUCAUCCGCAUUUCAGGAAAGCCAUUCGGGGCAGCGAAUGGAUGAGCAUGUUAGACGUAAAGACGGCUAUUGCUAUUCACCUGUAAAAAAACGUUCAUUCACAUAUCAUGCGGAGCCGCAAAGACAUAGGCAUGUUGAAGGUGACCAAAGGGCCGACGGGAGUUAUGCAAUUCCGUCAACUUCGAAGGAUUCUAAACAAGAACGCCCAAUUUCCAGAAAUCUUGCCCAACUUGCGAAGCAACUAAUCAACAACAGCCCGAAAUUAAGCCGUGAUCAUGAUUUUCGUACGGAGGCGUGUUAUUAUCACUAUCGUAGAUGUUUCGAUGUUGACAUUAGUGAUGAAUCGGAUGGUUCGGAAUCAUCGGAGGAGGGACAAGAGCACCAUGUAGGGGCACCUGGGGUAGACAGUAAGAAAAAAGAACGGCGGCAGAGACGCGAGAAUCAACAGGCAUCUGAGGCAGAAACAGCGAAAAAGAAGUCGGCUGAAGUUUAUUUCCGAAAUAGAUCUUACAAAUGCGCACUGGAACAGUAUAACUAUUUGCUCAAGAUUCACCCGAACAAUGAGAAGUACUUGGUUAGUCGAUCAACAUGCCACAUGAUGAUGAGAAACCACUGUGAGGCUAUCAACGAUCUUAGAGACGCCCUUGCCAUACAUUCAAAAUUUUUGAAAGGAUAUUACCGUCUGCUAGUGUUUUGUCUGAUAACGGGAAGAAUUGAGGGAAUUUUCACUUUUUUUGUGGCGAUGGAGGAAAUCUAUGCAUCUGAUCCAAUGUUGGCCGCGGCACGUGAAGGAGUACGAAAAUUGGAGAAAUACGUGCUUUUGGAAAGUCAAGCGCGAGAGAAGAAAAGUUAUACUUUGGCUCAAGCAUGCAUUGAACGCAUCCUCGAUGUAUCUCCAUGCAACAUAAAAUACAAACUACGAAAGGCUCAAUAUCUUGCAUACGAAGGAAAUUUUGAAUCAUCUGACAAAAUUGCCAGGUCCAUCCUGGAGUACGACAAGAACAAUGCGAUGGCCAAAUACGUUCUCAGUCUUCACAUGUACCAGAUAGAUCUGCAAGAGACACUGGAGUUUCUGAAGCCGGUGGUUUUACGUACACCGAAACUGCUGCAAGCCGUGAACCUUUAUCACAGAACAAAAACAAUACUGAACUUUAUAGAACGCGGUACCGUGGCAUCCCAGGGGGGACAACUUCGUGAUGCUCACCAUUUUUACGUCCAGGCGUUGAGGAUAGAUUCAUUCAAUCGAAACCUCAAGUUGAGUGUGCUUAACAAGAUGGCUGUGAUAUCUCACCAGCUUGGCAUGUAUGCCCAAGCUAUGUCUGAGUGUGAUAGAGUUUUGCAGAUUGAUCAGAAUAACAUAGCAGCCUUGGCCACAAGAGGCAAGUGUCAUAUGGAACUUCACAAUUACGAAUUAGCAGCGAAUGAUUACGAUAAAUGUUGCAGCAUUAGUGGUUCAGCUCAAUACAGAAAACAGUUGAUGAAAGUCACACGAAAGCAGCAGGAUGAAGAGGCCUUUGCGAAGGCGGAAAGGGACUGGAUAGAACUCGAGGAAGCUGCCCGAGAGGCGGCUCAAGGAAGGGAUUUUCACGAAUAUUUCAUCGAAAUGCUGAAUAUAUACGCGGCAGAGAGUCUUCCUACCUUUGCGGCACUUGUAAAUGAAUAUACGAACUGGUGGAGAUGUCAUACGGAGCAGGGCGCAAAAAUGCCAAGGAUCCAACCAGUCGGGUCAGGUGAUCAUUAUGCUACUCUUGAACUGACACCGCUAGCCACGGAGGAGGAAAUCAAGAUAGCUUACAGGAGAUUAGCGAAAAUUCAUCAUCCCGAUCGUCAUGUAAAUGCAUCUCAAGGUGCGCAACAAUCGCAUGAACUGAAGAUGAAGCGUAUCACUCAGGCUUGUCGGGCGCUUCUCGAAUCGAUGGGAACGAAAUUCUAGUUCUUUCGAAAUAUUUUUAUGGACUGACUUGUAUUUUAAGAUAUUUUAGGAUCUCGUGGGCCAAGAGAACGCAUUUUUAAUGUUUGGCCACUUUUAAUGGGUGAUGUAGAAUGUUGUAGCGAUACAAAAUGACGUUCUUCAAGCUUUAAGUUAUCGAUACUUAAAAUUCUAGAUAAUAGUUUUAUACUAUUCAAGUUUCUAAUUUAUAUUAGUAUGAAGAGUUUAGCAAUACUCUGCCAUUCGAGGGUUAGUCAGUGACGAAUUAAUGAAAUUUUAUAUUUUCUGGGAAUGUAGAAUUGAAUGGGGUUUACAAUUUUUUAAAAGGAUUUUAGUCUGAGCCUGAAAAUUUAUUUAUAUCGAUAUUCGGACUGGAGUUUCAUUGUGAACUGGCACUUUACUAUAUCUUGGGGAUCAUUUUAAUUCACAUUUUGACGCGUUUUGAGACACUCUUCUAGCUUCUACAUCUCGUCGACGUAUUUUCAUACAAAUAAUGAGGAAGAUAUAUGUGAAAUUGUGACGUUAUUACAGAUGACUCGACAAAUAGUCCAAAAUUCAGAAUAUACAGCUUAAACUUAGUUAAGGAUUUGCUUCGCGGUUGAAACUCCACAGUCGAAUGUUCUCCCCAACAUCAACUGGAGUUCUCUUGCCACGAUCCUCCGGUUCUUCAAAUGUUGCGUGCAAAUCCUCACAUGCAAUUACUUGCGAGUUAUUAUCGAUAUUUCUGUACCUAUAGAAUUUCGCCAUUACAGCCAGUAUUAUCAUAUCAACUGCCAUCAGCCCAGCGAAGAAGAAGAACUCCGACGCCUAUAUAGAAAUAACAUAGUACAAUUUACUUUCUCAGCAUGUAAAUCAUUGUAAUUCAUAUACUUCCUUUUAGAAAAUACAUAUCUAAGAAUUAGUCCUCAGAGAA